CAAAAAAGGAAGUAAAAGUGUAUAGAAAUGUUUAGAAAAUGAAAAUUACUGUGUUCCCUAUUUAAUGGCCUUGCUUAGAAAGGAUGUCAUCAGAGAACCUACCUGCAAGGUUCCCCCAGACGCCCGUCUCAGCCAGGCCAGCAGCAGCCUCAUUUGCCCCAUGGCCUUCGUGCUCUCUCUACUGACCGCCCUGGUGGUGUUCAGCUACGGCCCUGGUGGAUCUCUGGGCUGCGACCUGUCUCAGAACCACGUGCGGAUUAGCAGGAAGAACUUCAUGGUUCUGGGCCAGAUGAGGAGAAUCUCCCCUCACUUCUGUCUGAAGGACAGAAAAGACUUCGGUUUCCCCCAGGACAUGGUGGAUGGCAGCCAGCUCCUGAAGGCCCAGGCCACCUCUGUCCUCCACGAGAUGCUCCAGCAGAUCUUCCGCCUCUUCCACACAGAGCGCUCCUCUGCCGCCUGGGACACCUCCCUCCUGGACAAACUCCACACUGGACUCCAUCAGCAGCUGGAGGACCUGGACGCCUGCUUGGUGCAGGCGAUGGGAGAUGAAGAAUCUGCCCUGGGAGUGACGGGCCCUACACUGGCCAUGAAGAGGUACUUCCAGGGAAUCCACCUCUACCUGAAAGAGAAGAAAUACAGUGACUGUGCCUGGGAAAUUGUCAGAGUGGAAAUCAUGAGAGCCUUGUCUUCAUCAACCAACUUGCAAGAAAGGAUAAGAAUUAUGGAUGGAGACCUGGGGUCACCUUGAAAUGAUUCUCAUUGACUA